CGUUUCUAUUUCCAUUUCUAUACCAUUUCUAUGAACGACUAUAUGAAUUCUCGGAGUUCUGUUCAUUUCUAAUACGCGUCGCUGCGGAUGUACAAUUUCAAAUCUUCGUGCCUUACUAUGAGAGGUACAUAAACCGGGUCGGAUAGUAGUAGUAGAAGAAGAUGGCAAGAAACGAAUGAAUAACGUGCUAAUGCAAACGAAGCUAAUCGAACAUCGUUCGCGACGGCCGUGUAACUCCCGGUAUUGUCGACGUCCUCGAUACUUCGGUGACGAUUUCUAUUACGCACGUUUGAUUAACAUGUGAGAAAACGUAGCGAAGUUCUUAAGGGGGGUAAAAGUUCGGUGAACGGAACGGCCAGAAACUCUCGCAGAGGCGAUGUCAAACAUGCGGCGAGGGAUUUCGCAAAAAAGUCUAGCAAAUCGACAGCGUAUUUUGGCCAAGAUUUGUUAGUGAAACGAGUGCCGAUGAGCGUGAAUAUAUGGCGGCGCGAGUACUUUUAUUCAGCAUCUUGUUUACAGAAGUGCUAAAGCCCGCUUGUGCCGCAGAUGUCAAAGAAAUUGGAACCACUUUACAUUACAAAAACAUUUCAAAGUCAGACAGCCUCAAUAUUAGUCCAACCAAAGGUUCCGGUUUAACGUUAGAAAUUCAACCAAGUGGUCAUGUGAUAUUAGGCAAAAAAGGAGUUACACUUAAUUGUAUAACUGGUUCGAAUCAAAAUAUCUCUUGGUUACACAAUGGAAUACUGGCACCACCGUGUGGUAUCGUACGUUGUACUCUUCUCAGAAAUGGUUCUCUUCAUUUACACAAGAUGGUGCAAAAAAUUAAAGAAAGGAAUAGUACUUCUGUUAAUUCCAAAAAUUAUUACAAAGAUGAAUACAGAUGUGUAGCACGUACUAAUUUAGGACUUUUAAGGUCAUCUCCUACGUUUAUUCAUAUAGCAGAACUUGCUCACAUGUUUAAAGAGUCACCAAAAAAUAUAACUGCACAAGAAGGUGAAAUAGCAAGAUUAUCUUGCUCGAUAGACAGUGUUCCUUUUCCUCCUAAUAUAACAUGGCAGCAUAACGAGAAAACAUUGUUGCCUAAUCAGAAUGAUAUAAAUAAUAAGUAUAUAAUGAUACCACCAGGUGUUCUAUAUAUACAAGCAACGAAGUUAUCAGAUGCUGGUUCAUAUAAAUGCAUAGUAAAUAAUGAAUUCCUAAGGAAAACCAAAAAAAGUAAAGAAGCAAAGCUGAAUGUAAUUUCACGGCCAGAGGGAAAUGUUUCGCAUACACCGCCGUUUUUAUUUCCGCAAGUUUCGUAUAACCAUUGGCUGCUGAACGGAUCGAACCUUAGCUUAGCAUGUGCAGCGUCUGGAUAUCCGCCGCCACUUAUGAUGUGGUCAUUUAUUCCUCGCUAUACCGAUAAUCACAAUGUUGCACAACCUCGCAUUUUGCUUAAUUCUACUAUCGGUAUUAGUGUAUUGCAACUAGUGAAUGUGAGUGCAACCGAUGCAGGCGUUUAUAUAUGUUCUGUAAAAAAUCUUAUUACCAAUAACGUGGAGAUUCAAAAUGUGACGGUGGAGGUAUUAAUACCACCGUCGUUCGUGAAGACACCUGCAAACCAAGUAUGUCCAAAUGGGAGAACAGCGAGAUUCGAAUGCCAAGCACAAGGAGUACCUGUGCCCAAAAUAUAUUGGUUAAAAGAUUCAUUAAAUAUUACAAUUAAUGGGCGUAGAACUAUAUAUAUAAAGGAAUGCAAUAAAACGGAACUGGCAAUAUCCGCGACAGUUCCUGCCGACGCUGGUAUUUAUCAAUGCGUUGCUGUAAACUCAGCGGGAGAAAUUUGGGCCGCGGGUCGGCUACAAGUAAACACGUCUCGUAAUAGUCCUGCUGCACCUACCUCUUUAAAGUGUCACGCUCUAUCACCUGUUAAAAUUUUUAUUUCUUGGGAACCACCAAAGUCUCUACCACAUAGCAGUAUUAAAGCUUAUACCGUCCAUUACAGUCCUGUAGAAGGAGGAAAGGAAGAAGUUUCGCCGCCUGAACCAGGGAAUUCUACGUCAGUAGAAGUGACGAAGCUUCUUGAGCCGUACACUAAUUACUCCUUCUACAUACGAGUGUGGAACAAUUUUGGUCCUAGCGAUCAGUCAGCCACCAUUUUGUGUUCUACAGCCCCAAGUGUUCCUAAAGGUGCACCCAAAGUAAAAGUGAAUAUACUUAGUAGUACAAGGUUGAAUGUAUCAUGGGAGCCACUGACUAAAAAGGAGUCUCGUGGUGUGGUGGUACAAUAUAAAUUGCAGUACAGAGUACAUGAUCAUCCUUCAUCUCGGGUUCUUCAUUUACCAGCUACCAUCGAAUCCUACGAACUUUCUGAUUUGAUACCCGGGGCACAAUACGAUUUACGAGUGCUAGCGAAAACAAAGCAAGGUUGGCCUAAUGUGAGUGAAUCACAAUUAGAAUGGACUACCCUGACCUUGCCAUCUGCCGACCCUAAUCAAUUUGUUAUAAAAAAUGUCGUGGAUGUACAAGUGUUGAUAGUAAACGCUUCAGUUGUAAAGGUAAAAUGGCAAAUAAAUGUUAAAGAAAAUGACAUAAUUAGAACAGACUUCGAUCGUUGGCAAAUUUAUUGUGAAAAUCAAAAUGGACAUAAAUUAUUAACUAUUUUUCUACCAAAAAAUGUUACCGAAUAUGUAUUUACCAAUCUUGAUGUAAAUGUUUCUUAUACAAUCGGUUUAUGUAUGAUAAAGUCUGAUGAAACAACAGGUUGUUUAACGAAACAAAUAGAACCUAUUCAACCUGAUUCGAAAAAUGUAGCAAUGGGAUUGGAAGCGAUUCCUGUCUCACCUACUGCCAUAAAUGUGACAUGGUCUUUGAAUGCUGUACACGAAAUGAACUCUUUCCAAUUAUGCUAUCACGCGCUUCAUAUCGUGAAUCAAGACGGUCCUAAAUGUUUCUUAGUAAAUGAUACCACGGCGUAUAUCGAUAAACUUAAACCGUUCACGCUAUACCAAUUCAAAGUGAAAGCUAUCAAGAAUAACACAAACCAAAGCAGCUUUUACAGUGAAUCUGUAGAAUGUUAUACAAACGAAGACAUUCCGGGAAAGGUAGAAGAAGUCCAAUGGUUUUUAGUGAAUAAUACUAAAGUACGAAUCGCGUGGAAGGAACCGAGCAACGUAAAUGGUGUAAUACAAAAUUAUGUUGUCAUAUAUACGAUGGAUUUGAUGGAUUCCGCUACAACGUGGAAAAAUGUUACGGUGCCUGGUAACAAGACGUCGGCUACUUUGCCUAGUUUAACGCCAGGAAAGCCAUAUUUCGUGAUGGUACAGGCUACGACAAAAGCCGGUUAUGGCAAACCAUCGGAUCCUAUAAUUACAAUCACUGGUGGCGGUCCACCGAAGGUACCGAAUCCACCGGACGAACAAAAGCCGCCGCAACAUACCAAACCAGAUCAAAGUCUUGGUGUGAUUCUUGGCGUGAGCAUAAGCAUUGGAUUCAUUACAAUCUGCCUGUGCAGUAUGUAUUGUCGAAGGAAAUGUGAAAGUGCUCGCAUUCUCAGAGAACACGCGCAGACUACGAAAGGUCGUUCGUUACGAAAUGGGAAUAAAUGUUGCACGGAACAAUCGUCUACGUCAGUGAGUCAGCAAACGAGUGUGAGGGUGACUAAUGAAAUCGAGCUAGCUGUUCUCUGCCCUGCGUCUCCCAUCUCGACUAAUCCGCAUUCGGACACGAAAGGCGGGAAAUCGAACGGAAUCGUCGAGGCUUGUGCGAAGGAGCCGUUGCUGCCGUCUUGGGAAGUGAACGGUGAACCAAAAGAUAUUCAAACGGCGAAAAAUUCUCAAGCGUAUAAAACGAUGGAGAGCGUCGUCUCGAGCACGGAAAAAGAAGAGCCGGAGUCAGAUCUAGAUGGGACGCAGUUGACUGUAGUCAAUUGUACUUUAGGCGACAGCAGCAGCAGUUUAAAUAACAAUUGCGGGUGUCCCGACGGAGACACGCCUCUGCCAAAAUCGAUGUGUAUACCUGUUCCGGCGCUCGGACCAAACGGAUGAACUGAACAACACUGGACGACAGAAUUUCUCAUGUGUUCACGUUCUCCUCCCAUGUUUACGUCGCAACAGGUAGGAUGCAAAAGUUUUCAUACAACUCGCGUUUCACUCCGAACGUGUAUACAUACAAAUGUACAUAGCCACGUGUGUGUACAUAUACAAAUUAAAAACGGACGGAGUUCUCAAGGAAAUUAGAAGCAAUGCACGUUACUACAUUUUCCAAUUUUAACAUAACAAGAAGUAACUUGUAAGUGAAAAAUACUAAUUACGUACAGAAUUAACGUAAGUAAUAGUUUUGUCGAAAGUGCAUCGGAGUUGCACGUUCUUAUUAUCUGUACAUAACGUUUGAAGUACGAGUUAUUACUAUUGACAACACAGUAUUCCCACGCGCCAGCAGUUCGGCAAGGAAUUCAGUCAUUGUCAUACUUGAUUCUAUGCGAGAUAAUACUGUGGCACAGAACCCAUGCAAACGAUACUUAAUACAGUACUGCAUUAGAUAGCUUGCUCGUGUCGUCUGUGGACAGAGACAUGACGACUAUCGUAAGGCAGAAGAACGUAAAGCUAAAAAUUAAGCAAGUAAUAACCAGAGAUAGUAAAAAUAUUCUUAACAUAUUCAUAAAAUAUCGCAUACAUAGAAAAUAGUGAAAAAGUAAUAAAUGCAUUCCUUCACCGAACGGAACAGAAAAUUUUUAAAUAUCCAAGUUACGAGGAUAUGGCCUAAUUUAUUUCACGAUAUAUAUUGCUUACGAAAAGGGCAAUAGUACUGAUCAUUCCAUUCCAUGUUUUCUAUUAACUAAAUUUAAAUUAACAAGAUUUCUAGAUUCUAAGGAAUUAAGAAAAAUACUAAUCAGAUUUUACGUAAUGAAAAUAUAGACUAAGCUUUCCUUUUAUUGCGAACUUUAUAACUUUUAGGUAGCAUUACAAGUUUUUGAUGAACAUUUAUUCUACGAUGAAAAUAGGGGAUGUCGUCGAACAUUCUUUAAAAGAAUAAUCGAAAUAACAGGACCUUUUUUGUAUAUCAUGUUUUAUAAAUUUGUAUUAUACACAACUGAAACAUACGAAGAAUAGGAAUACGGAGAAUAGGAAAAGUUACAAAUUGUCUCGUGUAGGAUGACGUUUCGAAAGGGUCGAGAAAAUUGUAAAACAUGUAUAAAUUCUAUGAAUUAUGUGAAUUUAACGAUUGGAUGUACAUAGUCUAUACACUUUUUCCUGUUCGCGCAAUGAAGAUAAAUCUUACAUUGUACAAGAUAUUUAAAGUUAACUACAUCAUACAAAAGCAAAAAAGAAGACAAAAAAAAGAGAAAUGUGAAAGAGACAAACAUAUUCCAGACUGGUGCAUGUUACCAUGACAGAAAGGAAAAACCCAACACAGUACCUGAUAGAAUAAGCUAUAUCUUUUAGAGAGUGAGACGUAGAUAUGUCGUGUUAUUAUUGUACCUCCAUUGUUAUUUAUUACAUUUCACGUUCAGUACUAUUUUAAAUGAUCACAUUACACCGACUCUUAUGCAAUAACAUAGUCACUACGUGCACGGUAUACAUAGGUCAUGUAAAAAAAAUAGGAUUAAUCGAAUCUGCACACGCUAGAGAUUUUUACCAUAUAUUUAUUACAUAGAUUCUUACAUCUUUUUAUCGAGAUAAUUUGUUAAUCAUAUAAUUUACAGUCAUCCACGGAAAUAUGUACUGCCUUAUAUCAACGCGAUGUUACUACUGAUACAGACUUUUUUUAAGAUGCCUAUUUCGUUGAAGAAAAGA